UUUGAAUUUUUUGUCUUUUUUAUUUUAUUUUCAGGGACCAUGUCCAUUUGGCUCUCGGAGUGUUUAUGUCUCUCCAGUUGGUGUCAAGUUUUGUUCAUUCAUGAUGAGCACACGGUUAUCAAUGCAUUCAUGUAUCAAAUACACACAGACAUGCCGCAUACACUUUGGAAAGAAUUUGGACCUACUGUGCAGCAAAACAACAAUCAACUUUCUUUUGAAGAAAAUAUUGGACACAUCAGUAGCAGUCGUAAAGAAAACAGUGUCGAUAAAGCAAUGCUUGAGUGCGCAACCGCAACCGAUGGUGACGGCGUCGUCUAUGAUGUGAUGGUUGACGUGGAUUGGGGUUAGCGUGCCAUGUGCCCGAAUUAAUCCGAAAGAAACGCACAUGCCAACUUACUAAAGGCCACGGCUGAUUGGCCACUGCUCUUUCCCGAGGUCUUGCUGCGUUGUGAACGCAACCACUCUUCCACCUUUCAGUUUGCCAUCCACACACGAUCCCAGCGACCCCCAGCAAACACCUCCCGCAAUGGCAUCCACGCGCAUUCUCGCUCGUCUGGCUACGCAGCGGUCAGCCGCCGCCGCCAUUCGAACUCCCGUCUUCACUCGCGGUUUUGCCUCUGUGAGCGAUACCACCACCCGCGACCCCCUCUCCAAGGUCGGCGAAGCCAUCAACCCGGAUCCUGCCCGCAAGGUCGUGCCCGAGAGUCAGACCUCCAACAUCAAGGAGCCCGAGCCGGAGAAGGGCUCCAAGCUCAAGACCUUCCACAUCUACCGAUGGAACCCCGAUGAGCCCACCUCCAAGCCUCGCAUGCAGUCGUAUACCCUCGACCUGAACAAGACUGGCCCCAUGAUGCUGGAUGCUCUGAUCCGCAUCAAGAACGAGACCGACCCUACCUUGACUUUCCGGAGAAGUUGCCGUGAGGGCAUUUGUGGAAGCUGUGCGAUGAACAUUGAUGGUGUCAACACUCUUGCCUGUCUCUGCCGAAUUCCCACAGACACCGCUAAGGAAUCACGCAUCUACCCUCUCCCGCACAUGUACGUUGUCAAGGACUUGGUGCCCGACAUGACGCUCUUCUACAAGCAAUACCGCUCCGUCAAGCCAUACCUCCAGCGUACUACACCUUCACCGGACGGUCGUGAGUACCGUCAGACCAAGGAAGACCGUAAGAAGCUUGACGGCCUUUACGAGUGCAUUCUCUGCGCCUGCUGCUCUACAUCGUGCCCCUCGUACUGGUGGAACCAGGAGGAGUACCUUGGACCUGCCGUUCUUCUCCAAUCGUACCGCUGGAUCGCUGAUUCGCGAGACGAGAAGAAGGCCGAGCGACAGGAUGCCCUCAACAACAGCAUGAGCUUGUACCGCUGCCACACUAUUCUCAACUGCUCGAGGACAUGCCCGAAGGGAUUGAACCCCGCCUUGGCCAUCACUGAAAUCAAGAAGAGUAUGGCCUUCACCUAA